AUGGAUCGUCUGAUGUCUUUGUUUCCUUCUUUGAAUCUGAGAAUGCAUCGUAGUUUAAUUGCUUCCUUAGAGAUACAAAGUUGCUACCUUUUAUCUGGACAUUCUUUAAUAUCUUCAUGCUUAGCUUCUGGGUUUGGUUCUAUACAUUUUGUGCUUCUUGUUAGCCGCCAAGGAAAAGUCAGGCUCACCAAAUGGUAUUCGCCUUAUACGCAGAAGGAAAGAUCUAAGGUUAUACGUGAGCUCAGUGGAGUGAUUCUGAACCGAGGUCCCAAGCUCUGCAACUUUAUCGAGUGGAGGGGUUACAAAGUCGUCUACAAAAGAUACGCGAGCCUCUACUUCUGUAUGUGUAUUGAUGCGGAGGAUAACGAGUUGGAGGUCCUUGAGAUCAUUCAUCACUACGUUGAGAUCCUCGACCGCUAUUUCGGAAGUGUGUGUGAGCUCGAUUUGAUUUUUCACUUCCACAAGGCGUAUUACAUAUUGGACGAGCUUUUGAUUGCCGGUGAGCUCCAAGAGUCAAGCAAGAAAACAGUUGCCAGGAUUAUCUCUGCUCAGGAUCAAAUGGUGGAAGCUGCAAAAGAGGAGGCUGGUUCCAUUAGCUACAUCAUCGCUCAAGCUACUUAAAUAGUGUCUUUCAUCUAGUUCUGCUGCUAUGUUAAAUGUUUUGACAAUCUUUUUUUUUAAUCUCCCUAAUGACUGAAGAACUAGAAUAUGUUUUUGAUCGAAUAAGUUUUUUU